AUGUCGGGCCAGUAUGCUCCAGUACGCGAUUUGGAUGUCGAAGAGGACGGACACAACCAUGAAGCACCUGAUUUCCCUCAAGCUGAGCCUUUCAGGGGUUCGACAGAGACUCUAGUCCCAGGAUCCACGACUCCACCCGGGACCCAGUAUGCACGAGUUCCUGCUGAUCAAGCAGGAAAUGGUCGUGCCCACAUACGCCCAGCCUUUACUCACCAACGAACUGGGAGCUCUGGAGCCUACGCCGAUCCAUGGAGCCCCGGAUACCAACGAAACAAAGGUCGCUUUUCGCUAGGCAGCACCCAAGAACUUCACUCGGCGGACCAGUCUAAGCGAUUCAGCCGAGCGAGCUUGGGCCCAACUCAGCUUCGACAUGCGUCCACCGGGACUCCUGCUCCCCCUGGCCCACCCGUCUCCAAAUGGCAAAACUUCAAGCUCAAGUUUCAAGGUCAUCGGAUCCGAGAGCGUGGUCACGAGGUGCCUGGAUUGUGGGCUAGCCUCAAGGCGAUUGUUACGUGUAGCUGGCUAAAUAUUCUAUUUGUGUUUAUUCCAUUGGCAUGGGUUUGGGGAUGGAAAGUUGCCCAGCCAUUUGUGAAGGAUAAGAAAAAAUCAGACUAUGAAGAUUACGUCUACUUGUUUAUAUUGUCGUUCAUUGCGAUCAUCCCUCUGGAAAACAUUUGCGAGUUUGCGGGAGAGCAGUUGGCCCUAUACUGUGGAGAGUCUAUUGGUGAUCUUAUCAUCAUUACCCUCCACAACGUUGCUCCAGGCGACCAUCGUCGGAGUGGUCUUGUUGCAUGCCCUCGUACCCGGAGCAGCUUUUCUUGCUGGUGGCUCAAAAAUUUGGGCGCAAAAAACUUGAAGCCCCGCGUAACGGAGCUCAAUCAAAGCUUGCUCACUGUCGGUGUGCUCGCACUUGUCGUUCCCGCUGCAUUCUAUACCGCUCUCCCUAUCAGCACCCUCUCACUUAUGCUCCCCAGUUUGCAAACGCUACGCUUGUUGAACUCGAGAAGGGCUCGACCAAUAGCUCAGCUGCACAUGCCGCCCGUUUCUUCCGUACAUGCAAUGGAAGUCGCAGCCCAGGUUGUUGCAGUGUCCGAUUCGACUCGAGGAAUGAUACUAUCACUAAGCCGUGGUAUCUCGGUUAUUCUCUUUGUCAUCUACAUUGGAUCUCGUAUCUACUUGCACAACCCACCCGGCGAAGGCGAAGCUGUGGCCGUGCACGAUGCUGGCUAUGCAAUGACUCCUGGGCACACUCCAGCCCCUUACUUUGACCAGAAACGGUCAACUACACCCCCCAUGCUUACUCUUCUUCCACCAACCUCGUGUAUCAUGACGAAGAUCGUGAAAAGGCUACGGCGCUCCUCGAGAGAGAACAAGGGGAUGCAAGUCACGCCGAGGGACACGGAUGGGCACCACAAGCCUGAGGUAGGACCGUGGCCAGCAUUGGUCUUGCUGAUAAUCUCGGUUGGGAUGAUCACUGUCACCGCUGAAUGCUUGGUCGUCGCGAUCAAACCCAUCCGAGAACAAGUAGACGAGAAAAAGAUGUUUACCGACGAGGCAAUGGUUCGGCCUGGUCUUGCUCCCCCUCCUUUCCUACGCUGGGGAUGGGCUCAACGCGUCUAUGUUUUUCAUCCGCAGGUCGCUGCUUUCACAAAACGUUACCCCUCCGGAACCCAUCGCGAAAGCAACAAGUAUCGACCUUGCCAUUCAAUUUGCCCUUCUCUGGGUCCCGCUCCUUGUGCUCGUUGCAUGGAUCGUCAACACGCCCCUUACAUUAUUAUUUGUGGGCGCCUGUUCCUGGUCAAUUCGGUCACUCAAGACGGCCGAACCAACUGGUCGGAAGGGUUGAUCAGGUUGGCUUUUUACCAUCAUUGCACUAGCAGCGUGGUUCUAUCCCGGAAAUGCCGAUGCCACUUCUUGUCUUACUGCAAAUCGAUCGAGGAGCUACUCUCUUUUUAG